AUGGCGACAAAUGAACAGACGACGCAGCUGCGAAAGCUGUUGUGUGAAAUCUUUACAACAGAAAGAGGAAAUACAAUUUAUGAAACUUUUUUGCAAGAACAGCUUCAUCUAGGUCAUCUAGAGUGUCGUGACACAUGUUCAUUUACACAACCUAAUGUAGAAACUUUAUGUGAGUUUGACCCACUACUCAAUGAAUACAAAGUCAAGUUAUUAUCAAAGAAUGGGGUGUGUUAUCUGAAUUACGGGUGUGAUGAAAAUGAUGCCUUAAAAAUUGUUUUCCCAAUGUCGAAUGGAUCAGAAAAUUCUAAAAACAUACUUCAUGGUCCAGAGGAAUUAUGGGGUUAUGACGACACCAAACAACUAAUCAUUGCUGUUAUUACAUCUUGUCAUGGACAGCCAAGCGCUAAAUACACACGGAGAAGAAAUGGUGCCAUUACUGUUGAAGAUUCUGAUCGUUGCUGCAUUUUUUCAGCACUAGAUGUACCAAAGAUCAACAGAAAAGAUUUGAAAUUUGAGAAAAAAAAUGAAAUAGGCAGAAGAUCAUUUGGAGUUGUAUAUAAAGGGAGUUGGAUCGGCACAGAUGUUGCUAUAAAAGAAGUCAAAGUCAGAAAUGCCAGGCUUCUGCAAGCAACUGUUAGAAGAGAGAUCCAGGUGUAUAGUAGAAUCAGACAUCCGAACAUCGUUCAACUGAUGACAGUUGCUACAGAGAAAACUAGUAUAUAUAUUGUGUCGGAAUAUAUAGAUGGAGCAAAUAUGGAGGAAAUUUUGUUCCGUGAGAUUGAUUUCAAUAGCCCAGAAAUCGUAUAUUGCUAA